UAACAGUCUGAUUAAUUCUGUCUCAUCAUUCUCUGUCCUUCCUCCCUCUCCCGUCUCUGUAAACAGCACCAGUAAUUAUGAGAAAUGAACAAAUGAACAUUGUACUAAUAGAGUUUCAUUAUGUUAAUAUGCUGUAUGCUGCUGGGUGUAUAAAAGACAGACUGUCCCUCAUUCAGACACACACCUGCAGCAACCCUGUUAUUUGAAGGUUACAGGCUGUCUCAUUUCCCCCACUGGAAUUCAUUUUUUUUGUAUUAAUAUUAAACAGCAACUCUUCUCUUAGAAGAUGCAGACAAAUUGUGCUCUACUCUGUAUCUCACUCUGUGUAUUUACUGCACAUCUCUCAAGGAUCCAUGGCAUGACCCUCACGAAUCCGGAGAAAAAAGGCUGGACUCUACACAGUGCUGGGUACCUACUAGGACCUUAUGCUCACAGAAGUCUUAGACACAGAGCUAUGGGCAAAAAAGACAUGUGGAACGAGAGUUCAAGCGUGCCAACAUCUUCAUAUAAUGAUUCCUAUCUUCACUCACUGCUGGGUCAUCUUGCAUAUCUGCGAUUAAAAGAAAUGGGAAUGACUGAAGAUUUUAGUGGCUCUUUAAUUAAUGCCCAUAUGAAGCAAUAACAGAAAUACCCCUGUUUAACUGUUUUUCAACAGCUGCCCUCUAAAAAUGUUUUGCAUUUCAUCCUAUUUAUUAUUAUUUAUUAUGUAUUAACAACUAG